UGAAGGGGUGGUCUCGUCUCUGUGCGUGAUCCGAUUUCGUGACCUUGUACAUCACUCGUACAAGAGUGCGCGCGCGCGCUCGCGCGCAAGCGAGCGCGGGUAGCGGACAGAGGGUUGGUGAGUUGGCGAUAUAGUGGACGUGGCAGUAGAUGUGCUCGAGAUCGGUUUGCAAGAGAAACGGGAAGUGGAAGAGAUCCGAGAAAGGUGAUGACCUAUGAACGAUGCGCGAGGAUCAUUAAAUCGACGGGUGCCGAACCGACUCGUCUCUGGUCCUCGGCUCGACGAUCGAUUGUCAAUCACGCGAAAUUAUCGUGGAAAGACUUACCACAGGAGACCUUUUGUCACGCGCCGAGAACGCGGCGAGGGUGACAGAGAAGGAGAGGAAGAGGGAGAAAGAAAGGAUUUUGAGAAAUAAUUGUCUAGAACCGUUGAAAUAAUGUUCUUGCGCAUCGACAGGCUGUUACGUUUCGGGCUACUGUUUCUGUUAUGGAUAGGCUCGAGUCGUCAACAAGAGGAGGACAUACCUCACAACGAAGUGAAAAACUGGGCUUUAAAGUUCGGCGUGGAUCUAUGGGAGUUUGGUAAACAAGUAACCAAAAUGAGCGAAAUACAAAGAAAAUAUCACGAAGUAGAAGCCAACGUCAUAAAAAGGGAUGGUCUCGUUCUCGUUCGCGAAAUGGCCAUGGAGGUGAAAAAUAUGAUGGACUUCAAAAUGAAUGCUGUAAUG